CGAAAUAAUGUUGAAGUAUAAUGUACGAUUAUCUGUGGUGCACAAGUCUUCAUAGUGAAAUUUUUAAACUGUAGUAUUUCUUUUCAUUGUCAGGCAAAAUGGCGGAUCAGACCGAACGUUCGUUUCAAAAGCAACCGACUGUCUUCUUGAACCGUAAGAAAGGCAUCGGUGUCAAACGAAGCAGGAAACCGCUAAGAUAUCAUAAAGAUGUCGGACUCGGUUUCAAGACACCCAGAGAGGCAAUUGAGGGCACAUACAUUGAUAAGAAGUGUCCAUUCACUGGGAAUGUUUCCAUCCGAGGCAGAAUCCUAACUGGUGUCGUACAGAAGAUGAAAAUGCAGAGAACCAUUGUCAUCCGACGCGAUUACCUACACUACCUGCCAAAAUACAACCGUUUUGAGAAACGACACAGGAAUAUGUCCGUUCAUCUAUCACCCUGUUUCAGGGAUGUUGAACUCGGAGACAUCGUUACCAUCGGCGAGUGCCGGCCGCUGUCCAAGACUGUGCGUUUCAACGUUCUCAAGGUCUCCAAGGGAAAAGGCUCCAAAAAGUCGUUCAAAAAAUUCUAAUAAAGUUACUUCAUAAGUAAUAA